ACCUGAUUGGAGCGUCCUUUAAACGGUACGCUUCGACACACCUCGGCGCGCGCGAUAUUUACAUUUACCUUUGUCCAUCGGCCAGUUUGCACGAUUGGCAAAUCCUCUCCCGGCCAGUUCCUUCGCGAAGCCGCUCUCGGGUACAAGCCUCGGCAGCCUCGUAUGUUCGCGGCCCGGCGGCUGGUUUUGCAGAAACUUUUGUGGAGUCUUUGAAAAUCCGGGGAGAGACGCGGCCGUGUUUACGUGACGCUGCUGUAUUAUAUCGGAUACCAACGUCGUCGUCCGCGGCUUCCAACGACUACCUUUAAAAUGAUAUCACGAACGAAGAUAGGCAUAGAUUGCCUGGAAUUGUUGUUAUACGCCGGCCUGAUAAUCGCCACAGCCGCGGCCCUUUGUGAAAAUUUAGGAAAUCGUUCGGUCACGACAAUCGCACACGUUUCGCCGGGAAACGUGCUGCCGACGCAUUAUGACAUACAGCUGCGGGUGCCACAUCCUGCGAAGCGCAAUGUCGACUUUUACGGCAGCUCCGGCAUCAGCCUCUACGUACGUUGCGCGACACGAAGCAUCGGUUUGCACUCGCUAGGAACGGUAAUAGACGAGACGAAGACAGAGCUGAUUAAAAUUAAGGCUAAAACUCGCUCGUACUAUCCGAUUUCUCACGUUUACGACGCUGGGAAGCACAUCGUAGCCAUUACGUUCGGCGAGGAGCUGAAACCCGGUUCUUACAAGUUGCACGUAAAAUUUACUGGUGUCGCACCUAAAUUGUACGAAUAUGAAUUGGUUCACUUUUACAGACAAUCGUACAGAAGUAUAGAAAAUAUUGUAUUGAUAGCCAGGAUGCCGUUCAUGCCUGUUGCUAUAUAUGAGGACUCUCCAUGCUGGGACCAAUCGCAGUCGAACACCACCUUCACCGUUGCGGUAAUUCAUAAUUCGAGAUACACAGCCCUGUCGUAUGAUAAGCCAGAGCGAGUAAGUUUCAUUAAGGAACGUGACAUGAUGUGCACGCACUUCCCUGAAUCUCCCUCGAUGUCCACCUGCGCCGUGGUGGUUGUGGUGCUCGAUUUCGUUCAUAUUUCUAACAGAAAGGAAACCGUCAAUUUGUGGUGCCGACCGCAUCUAAAAGCACACCUGAAAUUUGCGCACGGUGUCGCCCAAAAUAUCACGCAGCAUUUGAAGCAGUACUUGCGACACUUCCAUAAGAAGAUAGAUCACGUCGCGGUGCCGAAGUUUGCGCUCCUAGAAUCCGCGUAUUGGGGAGUCAACAUUUACAACGAGCAGGACAUUGUUUACAAUAAGGAAACGCAUCCGACGUUUCGCAUGAUGGAUGUGGCCAAGAAAAUAGCGACUCAAGUAGCACAUCAAUGGUUCGGCGUUACAAUUAGUCCUAUUUGUUGGUCUAAUAUGUGGCUAAGUCAAGGACUUGCGUCGUUUUUCCACACGUAUAUCCUCGACAAGAUAUUUGAAAAAUGGCGCCAAAUGGAUUUUCUAGUCGUUAAAGACUUGCAAGAAUCUUUUCGUACAGAUUCGGUUAAUCUGUUGGGUCAAUCAUGUUCGAAAUCAUCAGCAGUCCGCAACCCGUACAAUUAUUAUUUUAACCCUGCUAUUUACAAGAAAGCACCCAUUGUAUUACGCAUCUUGCAACAUAUAAUGACUGAUGAAGUAUUUCGGGAGGGUAUUAUCACAUAUUUACAUUAUCACACGUUUGCUCCAGUCACAUUCGACAAUUUAUGGAACGUCAUGCAACUUGUCCUGAGCAAAUCUAACGUUCUUCAUAGAAACUUUAAGAUAAAAGAAGUGAUGGACAGCUGGGUAAACUACAAACAAUAUCCUUUGGUGACUGUAACUCGAAAUUACGAAACUGGUGAGACGAUAAUAUCACAAAAACGGUUUCACUUGCAAAAGAAUGAAGAGAAUGACGUUACUGAGGAUCACAAAUGGUGGAUACCGGUGACUUUUGCCACGCAAACAAAUCCAGAUUUUUCCAAUACCUUUCCCAAUUACUGGCUAAGUCCGCUGGAUCAAAAUAUAAGUCUUCAUGUUCACCCGAACGAUUGGAUCGUAGUUAAUUUACAGCAAGUUGGAUACUAUCGUGUUAAUUAUGAUUCUACGAAUUGGCGAAAAAUUACAAAUUAUCUAAACUGUGAGGAAUAUACGAAAAUACAUGUUCUUAAUCGUGCUCAAAUCAUUGAUGACGCAUAUGCCCUUCUGACGGAAAAGCAACUCGACAUAUUCACAUUUUUUAAUGUUACGAGCUAUCUAUCGCGAGAGAGAGAUUACAUAGCGUGGUAUCCAAUGUUUCGAAUUUUAUCAUUAUUGACGCAGUUCUUUUCAUUUCCAGAGAGUAAAGCUUUUAAGUUACAUAUGGCGAAAAUUUUUACUGGACUUCUCGAGAACGUAGGAUACGAAGAAAAACUUGAUGAAGAUGAUCUUAUGAAACUUAAAAGACUGGAUGCUACAAAGUGGGCAUGUAUCGUUGGCAAUUCGAAAUGUAGAAGAAUGGCCACUGUUAAAUUGGACGAGUAUCUUGCAAAUCCUGAUCGCAAAAUUUCUCCGUGGUGGCAGAAAUGGGUAUAUUGUUCUGGCUUGAUGGCAGCUAACAUAACUACUUGGAACAGAGUAAUGGAUUUAUACUUGCAAAAACCUGACAGAAAAUUUUUAGAAUAUUUAGCGUGCUCUGAAGAUCCUGAUGUCAUUAUUAACUAUUUAAACAUUAUUGCUUCGAAGAAUUUGAUAACGAUAGAUAUAGAUCGUGAUCUUGCUCUUACUUGUAUCCUUAACAGACACGCAUCGAAUAACUUGGUGCUUGAUUAUGUAUUAGAGAACUUCGAGCAAAUGGAAUCAAAAUUCAUUACUGCAAAUAUAAUAUUAAGAAAUCUUAUUUCCAAUGUGUAUUCUAAAGAACUACUUCAUAAGAUAAAAGAAUUCAUGAAAUGCAAUCUCGGGGAACAAUCAAAAAUUUCGAUUAAAGUGCAACGCCUAAUACAUGAACGUUUGAUCGAACUCAAAGUUAUGAAGGCAGAUUUCAAGUUCUUGUUUAUAAAUAAAGAUCAAGUGUAAUGAUUUGAGUAAUUGAUUAUAUAAAUCUAAAAUAAAUGCAGGAUACAAUAUACAUAUUUGUUCACAUUUUAGAACUUAAUACCGUCUUAUCUUUAAUAUAAUAUUAAUAUAAUACUGUAUUAUAAAUUUUGUUAACGUUAUAUUGUGUUUACGUUUCUCGCUUCUUUUUAAGGUCGAAUCAUACCUUUUUAAGACAGAGAGUUCAGACUAAUUCAAUUUACUGAAGUAUUACGUUAAUAUAUAAAAAAUCGAUUGUUUAAAUUAUAAAAUUUAUAUUAUGCAAGGCUGUGCUAAUCCUUAUAUAAUAAUUACGUCAAGUUUUU